AUGUCUAAGAUAGCCUGCAUUCUCGUCGGAGUUUUGGUCCUGGUCAGUUUGGCUUCGGCACUGCAGUUUCCGGAAGUUGUCGGGAAGAAAGGAGAAGCAGCCAAAAAAUUUAUUCUCAGCAAGUUUCCAGAUUUGAGGGUAAAAAUUAUCUCGUUUUUAAAAAAUGCCGUCUAUUAUUUUAACAAAUUUGAAUUUUCAGUCUGUCAAUCUAAUGUGAAACACAUGAAGAGUGUUCAUUCGAAUCGGGUCAGAUCGGAUCAGAUAUUCAUCUUGAAGGAUGGCUCUCCGGUCACAAUGGACUAUAGACCAGACAGAGUGAGAAUCUUCGUCGAUGACGACGGCUUCGUCGUGGGCACUCCAUAUUCCGGUUGA